CGUUGUGAAAACCUCCCAGCAUGCUUUUCUACAGGGCCGAGGAGAAGAAGCGUCAUGAUGGAGUCGACAGGCGGCUGAAGGGACAAACUCGCUUCAUUUUCAGCUGAAUAAAGUCCCACACCUCCAUGUUUCUACAGAGAAAAGCGUUACGGGACGAAGCAUCUAGACACUAAAUGACAGCCAGAUAGCUAACUCUGCUGCGGAGACUGUGGGUUUAGCUGGUCAACAUGGCGACGGACAUUGGCUCGCCGCAGCGGUUCUUCCACAUGCCGCGCUUCCAGCAUCAGGCGCCGCGGCAGGUUUUCUACAAGAGGCCGGACUUUGCUCAGCAGCAGGCCAUGCAGCAGCUCACCUUUGACGGGAAACGCAUGAGGAAGGCUGUGAACCGCAAAACCAUCGACUACAACCCCUCUGUCAUCAGAUACCUGGAGAACCGUUUGUGGCAGCGAGACCAUCGAGACUUCAGAGCCAUCCAGCCUGACGCAGGAUUUUACAAUGAUCUGGUUCCUCCUGUCGGCAUGUUGAACAACCCGAUGAACGCCGUCACCACAAAGUUUGUCCGAACCUCCACCAACAAAGUCAAGUGUCCUGUGUUCGUCAUCAGGUGGACUCCUGAAGGUCGUCGUCUGGUCACUGGAGCCUCUAGUGGAGAAUUCACUCUGUGGAAUGGACUCACCUUCAACUUUGAGACCAUUUUACAGGCCCAUGACAGUCCGGUCCGUGCCAUGACCUGGUCUCACAAUGACAUGUGGAUGCUGACGGCUGACCACGGCGGCUACGUGAAGUACUGGCAGUCCAACAUGAACAACGUCAAGAUGUUCCAGGCUCACAAGGAGGCCAUUAGAGAAGCCAGUUUCUCUCCGACAGAUAAUAAAUUCGCCACCUGCUCAGACGACGGCACGGUUCGGAUCUGGGACUUUCUGCGCUGCCACGAGGAGAGGAUCCUCCGAGGUCAUGGUGCUGAUGUGAAGUGUGUCGACUGGCAUCCCACUAAAGGUCUGGUGGUCUCCGGCAGUAAAGACAGCCAACAGCCAAUCAAGUUCUGGGACCCAAAGACUGGACAGAGUCUGGCUACACUUCAUGCCCAUAAGAACACGGUGAUGGAGGUGAAGUGGAACCUGAAUGGUAACUGGCUGCUGACGGCGUCACGUGACCACCUGUGUAAACUGUUUGACAUCAGAAACCUGAAGGAGGAGCUGCAGGUGUUCAGAGGACACAAGAAGGAGGCCACAGCUGUGGCCUGGCAUCCCGUCCACGAGGGUCUGUUUGCCAGCGGAGGUUCUGAUGGUUCUCUGCUCUUCUGGCACGCUGGGGUGGAGAAGGAGGUUGGAGGGAUGGAGAUGGCUCAUGAGGGGAUGAUCUGGAGUCUGGCCUGGCACCCACUGGGUCACAUCCUGUGCUCCGGCUCCAACGACCACACCAGUAAAUUCUGGACAAGGAAUCGCCCGGGUGAUAAGAUGAGAGACCGUUACAACCUGAACCUGCUGCCAGGGAUGUCAGAGGACGGCGUGGAGUAUGACGACUUGGAGCCGAACAGCGUGGCCUCCAUCCCCGGCAUGGGGAUCCCAGAGCAGCUGAAGGCAGCCAUGGAGCAGGAGCAGAGCAGUAAAGAAGCGGCUCCUGAGGUGGAGAUGUCUAUCCCUGGUCUGGACUGGGGCAUGGACGAGGUCAUGGGUAAAGAUGCCAAGAAGGUCCCUCAGAAGAAAGUACCGUACGCCAAACCGAUCCCAGCGCAGUUUCAACAGGCCUGGGCGGAGAAUAAAGUGCCCAUGAUGCCGCCCUCUGGAGAUUUGUCCAAAGACCGGAAGGUGGAGCAGAAAGUGGAGGUGAAGAAGAAAACGCAGGCAGAGAUUGAGCAGGAGAUGGCAGCUCUGCAGUACACCAACCCCAUGCUGCUGGAGCAAAUGAAGAUGGACCGAAUGAACCAGAUCAGCACAGAUGGCAACAUGGGCCCCCCACAGGGACAGGGCCCUAUGCCCCCCUUCUCUGGCCCUGGAGGCCCCGGAGGUCCUGGGGGUCCUAUGCCUCCUGGACAGCAAGGCUUUCCCCCAAACAUGCCUCCUCAGCAGAUGCCCAACAACAUGGGCCCCCCCAUGGGCCCUGGAGGCAUGCAGCCCCCUUUCAUGCCCCCUGGACAGAUGGGGCCACCCUCAGGACCUCAGUCUCACCAGGGGCCCCCUCAGGGCAUGAUGGGACCACCAGAAAUGCAAGGACCCCAAGGUUUGCAGAGACACCCUGGCCCUCCCAGAAACAUGGGCCCCCAAGGGCCUCACAGUAUGGGUCCUGGACCCAGAGGGAUGCAGGGGCCACCUGGUGGGAUGAUGGGUCCUCCUCCACGAGGAAUGGGUCCAAGGGAUCCUCAGGGGCCUCCACCUCAGGGGGGUAUGAUGCCACCUCAAGGGAACAUGAUGGGCCCCCAGGGUCCUAUGCAGGGUGGGAUGAUGGGGCCCCCAACCAGGACACACAGCAACAUGCCAAACAACUAUGGGAUGGGCAACAUGCAGGGGCCCCCAGGAGGGAUGCAUGGACCUCCAGGUAACAUGCAGGGCCCCCCAGGUAACAUGCAGGGCCCCCCUGGGAACAUGCAAGGACCACAUGGGAACAUGCAGGGGCCUCAAGGAAACAUGCAGGGCCCCCCAGGAAACAUGCAAGGACCCCAUGGUAACAUGCAGGGGCCCCCAUAUAUGCAGCACCAGGGUCAGAACUCAGGGCCUAUGAUGCAUGGGAUGGGGCAGCAGGGGCCCAACAACAAAGGAGACCCUCGGGGGCCGCCGCCCAACCACCACAUGGGCCCUCCUGACCGACAGGGUCCCGGAGGACCAGACCAGGGCUCGGGGUCUUACUGGGGGGACAACCAACAGGGUCGACGAGUACCGCAGGACUUCGACGGCGGUCAGGACUUUCACGGCAGAGGAGAGGAGGGCUGGAGACCAGGACCUGGACCAGGAUACCAGGGAGGAGGAGGCCACAGGGCGGGAGGACACAGAGGAGGAGGGAACGGCGGAAACUGGGGCCCUGACGAGAGGUUCAGCGCAGGAGAGUUUAGAGGACGGAGAGACGACAGGUUCAGAGGAGGAGGCCCCGGCCGGCCCGGAGGUCGAGGUUACCCUGACGAGUACGGUGGACAGGAGGAGGGGUUCGACGGCUCGGAGGAGAUCGGCCGGGGAUGGGACAACGGAGGCAGAGGGAGGCCGCCUCGAGGAGGAGGUCCACCCAGAGGAGGAGGUCACGAUGGUUAUCGGGACGGUCAGCAGAUGCAUGACGGGUCAUCUCCGGCCGGUCGUGAGCGCUCGUCCUCCCUGCAGGGGAUGGACAUGGCGUCUCUGCCCCCCCGGAAGCGUCCGUGGCAGGACGGACCAGGGACCGGAGACCCCCGAGAGCGAGAGUCCCCCGGAGCUGACGGAGGUCGUCCCCCUCAGAGGGAGGACGGGGGUUAUGGUCCUUCUGGUCGAGGCGGACGCGGCGGCUGGGGUCCUGGCGGAGGACCUGGACCGGGUCCCAGGAGAGGAGGACCGGCACCCAGAGGAGCACCGAGGGGGUGCGGCCGGGGCCGGUAGUCCUGAAGAAGAAAAACCCUCAUGGACCUCCUCUUGUCUGGUUGGUUGUCUCCUUGCCGGUCCCUCCACAGACCUGAGACCAAGUCCAGAUCCUGGAAAAUCAGAUCCUAUUGA